CACGUUCCAGCCGGGGGCAGAGCGGUGCCCACCAUUCCCGGGGAGCCCACUAGGUCCCUGGCUUGAUGCCGCGGAUGUCGGCGAGGGAGUCGCAGCGUAAUUGCUGGAUGCAUUGCGAUAUGUUUGGACUUGGAAGUGCAGAGCAUAUGGCAGAUAUAGGGAAAAUGCCGGAUUGUAUAGUAGCUGCAGGUAGUUCAUGUAAAUUUCAUUCAUUCUUUAUGGAGGCGAAGAAGAGUGUCAGCUGACAGGCGGCUGGAAAGAAGAUUGUAGGGGAGGAAAGGGUCUCUACAUCUGCAAAUUGUUUUAAGCCCUGGUUUUGAAGGUUCUAAUCAUUAUUCUCUGCGAGGCUUUUACUUCUAAAGCAAACAUUGCACACCCGCUCCCACGCACCCGCGACGCACAUGUCAACCGCACUUGGGGAGGCUCGCCGGGUAUCUUGAAUGAAGUGCCCUUACAUUUCGGCCGGAAGGAGGGGAAUAGGGAGCGGAGGAGGAAAAGACUGGUCCGAACUGUCACUUGCUGAAGCUCCCGCUUCCACCAGUCUCUGGACUUCCCGGACUGGACGCGCCGGAGCUCCCUGCGGGUGGCCGGGUGUAGUCGCUCGCUCGGCGGCCGUCACGGUUGCCACUCAACGGAAAGGGACUGAGGCGGGCAGCACCCAAGGCCGCUGCCGCGCAACCGGGACGCAAUCCCCCGGAGCUCUUCCCCUGUGCAAGAGGUCCCGGCGCGGCGCGCGCACGUGGACCCGGCCGAGGUCGCCGUUCCUCCCCGCGCCCAGCUCUGCAGCCUCAGGUCGCCCUGUCGGAGGAGGGGAGACGGGACGGACCCUCGCCAGGAGGUUUUGGGAAAAAGUCCCCGGAGGCAAACAUCUACAGUAGUGACGAGGAUGAUGAAGACAUUGAGAUGUGUGACCAUGAUUAUGAUGGGCUGCUUCCCAAGUCUGGAAAGCGUCACUUGGGGAAAACUAGGUGGACCAGGGAAGAGGAUGAAAAACUAAAGAAGCUGGUGGAACAGAAUGGAACAGAUGACUGGAAAGUUAUUGCCAAUUAUCUCCCGAAUCGAACAGAUGUGCAGUGCCAGCACCGAUGGCAGAAAGUACUAAACCCUGAGCUUAUCAAGGGUCCUUGGACCAAAGAAGAAGAUCAGAGAGUGAUAGAGCUUGUACAGAAAUACGGUCCGAAACGUUGGUCUGUUAUUGCCAAGCACUUAAAGGGGAGAAUUGGAAAACAAUGUAGGGAGAGGUGGCAUAACCACUUGAAUCCAGAAGUUAAGAAAACCUCCUGGACAGAAGAGGAAGACAGAAUUAUUUACCAGGCACACAAGAGACUGGGGAACAGAUGGGCAGAAAUCGCAAAGCUACUGCCUGGACGAACUGAUAAUGCUAUCAAGAACCACUGGAAUUCUACCAUGCGUCGCAAGGUCGAGCAGGAAGGUUAUCUGCAGGAGUCUUCUAAAGCCAGCCAGCCACCAGUGGCCACAAGUUUUCAGAAGAACAGCCAUUUGAUGGGUUUUGCCCAUGCUCUACCUUCAGCUCAACUCCCUCCAACUGGCCAGCCCUCAGUUAACAAUGACUAUUCCUAUUACCACGUUUCUGAAGCACAAAACGUCUCCAGUCACGUCCCAUAUCCUGUAGCGUUACAUGUAAAUAUAGUCAAUGUCCCUCAGCCAGCUGCUGCAGCCAUUCAGAGACACUAUAACGAUGAAGACCCUGAGAAAGAAAAGCGAAUAAAGGAGCUAGAGUUGCUUCUAAUGUCAACUGAGAAUGAACUCAAAGGACAGCAGGCACUUCCAACACAGAACCACACAUGCAGCUACCCUGGGUGGCACAGCACCACCAUUGCCGACCACACCAGACCUCAUGGAGACAGUGCACCUGUUUCCUGUUUGGAAGACCACCACUCCACUCCAUCUCUGCCAGUGGAUCCUGGUUCCCUACCUGAAGAAAGCGCCUCUCCAGCCAGGUGCAUGAUCGUCCACCAAGGCACCAUUCUGGACAAUGUUAAGAACCUCUUAGAAUUUGCAGAAACACUUCAAUUUAUAGAUUCUUUCUUAAACACUUCCAAUAACCAUGAAAACUUAGACUUGGAAAUGCCUUCUUUAACUUCCACCCCUCUCAAUGGUCACAAAUUGACUGUUACAACACCAUUUCAUAGAGACCAGACUGUGAAAACUCAAAAGGAAAAUACUAUUUUCAGAACUCCAGCUAUCAAAAGGUCAAUCCUAGAAAGCUCUCCGAGAACUCCUACACCAUUCAAACAUGCACUCGCAGCUCAAGAAAUUAAAUAUGGUCCCCUGAAGAUGCUACCUCAGACACCAUCUCAUCUAGUAGAAGACCUACAAGAUGUGAUUAAACAGGAAUCUGAUGAAUCUGGAAUUGUUGCUGAGUUUCAAGAAAAUGGACCACCUUUACUGAAGAAGAUCAAACAAGAGGUGGAAUCUCCAACUGAUAAAGCAGGAAACUUCUUCUGCUCAGACCACUGGGAAGGGGAGAGUCUGAACACUCAGCUGUUCACACAGGCAUCGCCUGUGGCAGAUGUGCCCAAUAUUCUUACAAGUUCCGUUUUAAUGACACCAGUAUCAGAAGAUGAAGACAAUGUUCUCAAAGCAUUUACAGUACCUAAAAACAGGUCCCUGGCGAGUCCCUUGCAGCCUUGUAGCGGUGCCUGGGAAACUGCAUCCUGUGGGAAGACAGACGAUCAGAUGACGGCUUCCGGUCAGGCUCGUAAAUACGUGAACGCCUUCUCAACCCGGACUCUGGUCAUGUGAGACGUUUGCAGACAAGCAUUAUGGUUUUCAGAACACUUCAAGUUGAUUUGGGAUAUAGCAUUCCUCUACAUGAAACUUUUCAUGAAUGGGAGAAGAGCCUAUUUUUGUUGUGGUACAACAGUUGACAACAGCACCAAGUGCAUUUAGGUGGAUGAAAUCGUAUCAGAUUUCACCCAACUAAACGAAUUUUUUUAAAAAAAUUAAUAAAUAACAGUCUUACCUAAAUUAUUAGGUCAUGAAUUGUAGUCAGUUAGUAUCUUACUGCAGAUUUUUAAAAUAAAAAAAAAAAUAAAGUGAUUUAUCUGUAUUUUAAGAGGACCAGUAUUUUUUCUGUGAUAGGGUUUUUGAAAUUUUACACAAAAAGGUACUCCAAUAUUUCACUUUUCUCAAUCACUAAACACAAUGCAUUACUAUAAAUGUUGGCUUAACACCAUGGAAUAAGUAAUCAAUAUUGUAAAUGCUCAUUUAUGGUUAAUAACAUUGGAGGUACAUUUACUGUACUAAACCAUUUUAUGAGGGUUUUUUUGUUAGCUUGCUUUAAAAAUUAUUACUGUAUGAAAUAGUUUUAUAAAAAAUUAUAUUUUUAUUCAGUAAUUUAAUUUUGUACAUGCCAAAUGAAAAAAAAAGUGUUUUGCUGCUAUGGUCUUAGCCUGUAGACAUGCUGCUAGUAUCAGAGGGGCAGUAGAGCUUGGGACGGAGAGAAAAGAAACUUGGUGUUAGGUAAUUGACUAUGCACUAGUAUUUCAAACUUUUUUAUUUUUUAUAUAUAUAUACUUUUUUUCCUUUUGUAAUACAUUGGAAAACUUGUUUGGGAGAUUUUGCAUUUGUGGUUGUUUUUUGUCUUUUGUUAUUGUUGGUUUAUAAGAGCAUGCACUGCACUUCUUUCUUGGGAGAUCUGUGUUGUUGAAGUCCUAUGUUUUGUUUUGAGUUCAGCCUGACUGUUCUUUAAUUCAGGGGUUAUGUGUUUAAUCAGCAUUCCCCGUGGUCUCUAAGUGUAUAGUCUCAGAACUGCCACACAGAACCUGUGUUUGCAGCUGGGGUCGAUAGCCAGUUGCUGCCUUAAGAACAUUCGGUGCAAGAUGGCCGGCACUGAACUUUUGAUAUGACAGUGUACUUACUGCCUUGUAGUGAAAUAAAGCUGUGCCCUUAUUUUACUUA